ACAAAUCGGCCGUGGAAAACCGGCAAUUUCGUCAUCCAAAAUCAAAAAGUGUUCUAGUAUUUAAUCGCCUUGUUAUUGUUUAAAAUACUGCUUCAUAAUGUUGAGGAAUAACGCUAGAUUGUUGCUAAAGUUUUCCAUCCGCUCAUCGGUUGCCAAGAGAAGAAGCGGUGCGUUCGAUAAGAUAUCAAGCCGACCUUUCACCGUUCUGCAACAGUCCUCCGACAAACGGCAGUCAAAUUUGCUUCAAUGUGAGGCUCUAAAUGCACCCAAAUCCACCCUAAAGACGACGGCAAGCACGGAUCAACUGGGAGAAAGGCAGAUCCAGCCAGAUGGCCCGAUAACGUCUCCGGAAAUCCUUUCCACCAACGCAACAAACGAGUUCACAACGCGGACCCACACCUGCGGGGAACUGCGUGCCGAUCACGCUGGCCAAUCCGUCACACUCUGUGGUUGGUUGGAGUUUUCGCGAAUGAAUAAGUUCUUCACCCUCCGCGAUGGAUACGGAACAGUUCAGGCGCUGAUUGCGGAAGAGGAUGGCCCACGGAUACCGCUGGACGGUUUGCCAUUCGAAUCGAUCUUACGAGUCACGGGGAAGGUGCAACUACGGCCAGAUGGUCAACAGAAUCGAUUCAUGCCAACGGGCGAGAUUGAAGUCCAUGUGGAGCAGCUGGAAGUAUUAAAUGAAUCCAAGAAACGGUUACCGAUCAAUGUAAAGGAUCAUAACCGUGCCAAGGAGAAUCUUCGGCUCGAGUAUCGGUACAUCGAUCUGCGGAAUGCUCAGAUGCAACGGAACCUUCGCUUAAGAUCACAGGUCAUCAUGAAGAUGCGCGAAUGUAUGAUCAACGAUUUCGGAUUUCUGGAAGUUGAAACACCAACCCUGUUCCGGCGUACACCGGGUGGUGCUCAAGAGUUUGUCGUUCCUUCGCGUAAACCAGGCCACUUUUACUCGCUCGUCCAAAGCCCGCAACAAUUCAAACAGAUGCUGAUGGUUGGAGCCAUCGAUCGAUACUUUCAGAUCGCCCGCUGUUACCGUGACGAGUCGACACGACCCGAUCGACAGCCAGAGUUUACGCAGCUUGAUAUUGAACUAUCCUUCACCGAUCGUGAGAAGGUGAUCGCGUUGGUAGAGGCAGUACUGAGGAAAUCAUGGCCAUUUACCGAUCAACCUCUAAAAGGUCCGUUCCCUCGUAUGACACUGGCGGAUGCGAUGGACAGAUUCGGAAGCGACAAGCCUGACGUACGGUUUGGGUAUGAGCUGCAGAAUUUAAGCUCGUUGCUUCCACCACAAGACCAACUCGUCGUUUCGGGUGUCCGAGAGCAGGACUUUCGCGCGUAUGCCAUCGUUAUCCGGGCGCAGGAAGCACGCCAGUUGCCGGGGGGAGUUCGGAAGACCCUCGAUAAAAUUGCCAAAAAGAGUAACUACUGCAAGUUCACGAUGAGUAAGAUCACUUCCGAUUGGAACACUGGUCCCAUCGUCCGACUACUGGGACAGAGUGCAACGGAAGCAGUAAGCGGGAAGCUAAACCUUGAACCCGAUGAUGUGCUGUUCUUGGGAUGGGGAAAGCAAUCUUAUGUGCAAAAUAUGAUGGGUCGAGUGCGGUUGGCAGUGUACGAGAUGCUCGAAUCGCGGUCUUUGGUUCCGAAACGUGCCACGCAUGCCCAUAGCUUUCUCUGGGUAAUCGAUUUUCCAAUGUUUGCUGAAAACGAAGAUACGGGUACGAUCGAAAGUACACACCAUCCAUUCACUGCACCACAUCCUGAGGAUGCGAGCAAACUAGCGGAUAGCGUACCAGCGGAUGCGGAAUUGUUCAAGAUUCGCUCGUUAGCGUACGAUCUUGUAUGGAAUGGAGUGGAGAUCGGUGGUGGAUCGAUACGAAUCCAUCGGAGUGAGCUUCAACGACGCGUUUUGCGGGACGUACUCAACAUCGAACAUGACCAUUUGGGGCAUCUGCUGGAUGCACUCGACAGUGGCUGUCCGCCUCAUGGUGGUUUUGCGAUUGGACUCGAUCGCUACGUGUCUCUGCUGUGCAGUGCGGCCUCCAUACGUGAUGUAAUCGCUUUCCCCAAGAGCCUGGAUGGGAAGGAUCCCCUUUCGAAGGCUCCCGUGCCAAUUAGCGAAGAGGAAAAGCGUAUCUAUCACAUCAAAGUGAUAGAAUAGAGAAGAACAGAUCCCCUGUGAUCGAGUAUUUGUUUAACAGAAAUCCUUUUAAUAAAAGUGUAUAGCUCUGUUGUCAAA